AUGCAACCUAAUUUUGAUAUUUCUAAGAUGGUGUAGAAUCCCUAAUAGCAAUAUAUGUAACCAGGAAUGGGAAAUAUGUUCAAUGGUGCUUUCGACAAUCUUCUACCUAUGGAUACUUAUCCUAAUUCAGAUAUCAACUAGCACGAACACAUAAAAAAGUUAAAGGAUAAAUUUGCAGACUUAAGAGAAGAGAUUAACUAAAUGGGGAAAGAUCCUGAAGUCUUUAGAUCUCAUUAGCUUCCCUUAGCUAGAGUCAAGAAGAUCAUGAAAUCAGAUGAGGAUGUUAGAAUGAUUAGUGCUGAAGCUCCUGUUCUUUUUGCAAAGGCUUGUGAAAUAUUUAUUAUAGAAUUAACUCAUCGUGCUUGGCUCUUUACAGAAGAAGGAAAACGUCGUACACUCCAAAAAAAUGAUAUAGCAGCUUGCAUUUAUAAUACAGAAAUUUUUGAUUUCUUAAUUGAUAUUUUGCCAAAAGAAGAUUCUAAAUCAUCCAAUUAAAUUAAGAAACCUUCUCAAGAAGCCUUUCCAAGCAUGAAUCCUAUUGUACCAGGAAAUUUUAUGAAAGACCACAAUUUAAUGAAUAGCAUGAAUAUGAAUCCAAAUUAAAUGCUUUCUAAUUAAUUUAUGAAUAAUUUAAGCCAAGGAAUACCACCAAGCCACUAAUAAAACCCUUAUGCACAAGGAUAGUAAAUGUAAUAGCAAUAAAUGCCCUAAGCUUCUUAUGUUCCUUAAUAGCAUUUUGGAUAACAAUUUGGUUAAUAUCCUUUCUCAAACCAAUAAAUGUAGCCAAUUAAUUAAGGCUUAGGUAUGAUGGAUAAUAUGUAUAACCCUGGAGUUAAAGAAGAACCUAAAAAGUAUUAUGAUUAGCAAAAUGAAUGA